ACAGAACAACAGAGCAGCCAGACCAGACGAGCGAUGUGUUAGCGAGUGAUAAAGACAGCUACUGUGAUAAUACGGACGAUCCACGGAAUCCAUGUGAAAUUACAGUGAAUACUGUAGACACGUCAAGUCAGAUGUACUAAAUUGGACGGUGCCUUGGAGGAGUCAAACUUGGAAAUCAGUCAAAGCCACUAUAAAGAAAGUGAUGCCUUCCGUGCUCGGACAAAAUUAUUUCAUAAUGGAAAAACAGAAGGUAUUGGCAGAGUGUUGCACCUUCAUCUGCACAAUAUGUGGCGAUGGAUUUAGUCAAUAUCAAAAUGUGUUAAGUCAUAUGUCAAUCCAUGGACCUUUAGAGUCUUUUACCUUUGAUGGCUCAUCAAACGGAUUUGAAGUACCCAGAGAGUAUGUCCUUCAAGAGAAUGGUACACUAACUGCAUUGACUGGCUUAACCCAUACUGAAUACACAACUAAACGACCGUCCUCUCCUGGAAUAUUACCAUCUCAUUUCUCAUGCCCUGCCUACACCAUGUCUCCAUCACAGAAGUCAUUCCCCAGAGAUGUUUUGGCAUCAAAAUCUUUGGACUCGAACUUGAGCCAUUCUCAUGGAGGCCUUUACCACUGCGAACUUUGUGGCAGAACUUUCAACAGCUUGCAAUUCUUACAUCGUCAUCAACAGUAUAGAAUUCUAGAUGGUGGUUACAGGUGUACUUUAUGUUGUAGGUUCUUUAAAGGUAGACUGGAAUUUAAGAAACACAUGCAAAACCACACCUAUGAAGGAUUUCACUGUUGUGGAUACUGCGGUAAGCGCUUUUUAAAAACAGAUUCACUGAAGGCUCAUAUAAACCAUAAUCAUUCAUCUACCAAACUAUUUGAUGAGUUGGAGAAUAGUCCAGAUUUGAAAUUGGAGAGAUCUUAUACCUGUAAAAAAUGUAAGCUCUCUUUUUUUUGGUUAACAGACUUUCAGAUACAUUCAUUUUACUUGUGCAAAGGGAGAGAGGUGUCGGCUACAUUUGAAAAUGAAGUAGCCUCUAGGGUUAGUCUGAAAACUUGUAAUGGCACAUCUACUCAUGCUAAGAAUGGAGCUAAGAAAUUGAUAAAUGCAAGCUGUGAAAAUGACUCGACAUAUACAUGCGGUUUGUGUGGGGAGCGAUUCCCUGAGUUGACUGCCUUGAAAGAACACCAUAGGACGCAUGAGUCUAAACAAAAAAUAGAAAAUUCAACUCGAAAAGCAAAGUCAGGUAAGAGGCUAUUAACAAAAGGAAAUUGCAGAAUUCGUAAAAAACAUUUAAGUUUCACAAUACAUCCAUGCAAGCUGUGCAGUUGUGUUUUUCAUCAUUCUAAUAGCUUAACCCAACAUAUGAGACACCAUAAGGGCACAGUUCAUAUAUCCAAAAGCGACAACCAAGCACUUGGCCCUGACAAUAACAAUGACUCUACAGAAAAUCAAAGGGCAGCUCAUGGAAACUAUAAAUGUCACAAAUGUGAGAAGAAAUUUGGUCUUCUGUGUGUCUUUAAGACACAUUUACGCUAUCACAGAAAAGAAGGCAAAGCCACAGCAGAAUCUACAAAUUCCUCUUCUCAAGAUGAAAAGCAAUGCCAGGACACUGCAGAGAAUAGUACUCAUGAUACUGCUCCAAAUGAAGAGCAUGUCCUUGAAGAGGAUCAUAUUGUGGACAAAGAGCAAAAUGGUGUUUGUGCUGCAAGUGAUGAUAAGGAAAAUGUACCCGAGCCAGUUUAUACAUGCACUAAAUGCUCUCAGACGUUUGCAUGCAUGGAAACAUUUGUUCAGCACCAGCUUACUCAUGGUUCAGAAAACUAAAGGUAACUUUGGAAAAACUUUCAUGUAUUACAUACUCUGCUAAUAUCCACAUUAAA